AUGCGCCUUGCCUACUCGCCCAAAGAAAACAAAGGCCGCUCCACUGUUGAGCAUCUCUGCCACGAUGAUGCCUACUUCAUUGCGCCAACUACUUUCCCAGACUGCAAGUCACCCCAGGACUACGCAGAGUCGCAUUCCAAGGUCAUGGCAUGUGUGUCUGAUCUGCACAUCGAUUCCUAUGAUAUAAUCUUCGCAAAAGGUGGACAUGUCUUGCUCAGAUAUAGCGCGUCUGGCAGCCAUUGUGGCGAGCCACACAACGGGAUCAAAGCAACGGGGAACAAGGCCGCUUGGCAUGCUGGUGCCAUCUUUGAGGUUGAGGGUGGCAAGAUCAAGGGCUGGAUCAAGGAGUGGGAUAAGUUGCACAUGUGGAAACAGCUUGGCUGGAUGAAGGGCGAUGAGUACGCAUAA